ACUGAGCUUGCGUCCAGAACUAGCUCAAAGCUUUUGAUGAUGCUGCUAUAAAAAGAUCUACUCGGUUGCCAUAUCGGAAGAAUUGCAUUCCCAACGCGCAACCACUACCCAAAAGCAUGUUCUCUCUCUUCCUCCUCCCUCUCUUCUUCCACUUCCCAUCCGUUUCUCCGGCCAAACUCCGCCCCGAAUACUACGCCGAGUCAUGCCCUCACGCGGAAUCCAUCGUCCGGACUGUGAUGCACAAAGCUCUGAUCAGAGAGCCUCGAAGUGUUGCCUCUGUUAUGCGCUUCCAAUUUCACGAUUGCUUUGUUAAUGGCUGUGAUGCUUCUAUGUUGCUGGAUGAUACACCGACAAUGCUUGGAGAGAAACUCUCUCUCUCGAACAUUAAUUCGCUUAGAUCUUAUGAAGUUGUUGAUGAAGUGAAGGAGGCGUUGGAGAAGGCCUGUCCUGGAAUCGUCUCGUGUGCAGAUAUCAUUAUCAUGGCGUCUAGAGAUGCCGUUGCUCUGACAGGCGGCCCCAACUGGACAGUGAGAUUAGGCAGGCUGGACAGCUUAACAGCAAGCCAAGAGGACUCAAACCAGAUCAUGCCAAGUCCAAGAGCCAAUGCAAGCUCUCUCAUUGACCUCUUCAACAAAUACAACUUAUCUGUUAAAGAUCUGGUUUCUCUUUCAGGUUCCCACUCCAUCGGCCAAGGCCGAUGUUUCUCCAUCAUGUUUCGGCUCUACAACCAGUCUGGUACUGGGAGGCCAGACCCGGCCAUCGAGCCGGGCUUCAGAGAAGAGCUCUUUAAGCAAUGCCCUCAAGGUGGGGACGAAAAUGUAACAAUGAACCUUGACUCUACACCUUAUAUUUUUGACAAUCAGUACUUCAAGGACUUGGUUGGUGGGAGAGGGUUCUUGAAUUCUGAUGAAACUCUCUAUACAUUUGCUGCAACUAGAAGGUAUGUGAGGUACUUCAGCAAAAACCAAAGCGCGUUUUUUAACGCAUUCGUGGAGGGUAUGCUGAAGAUGGGUGACUUGCAGUCUGGCCGCCCAGGGGAGGUUAGAAGGAAUUGUAGGGUAGUCAAUGGCCAGUCUGUGAUCAUAUAACAUGGCCAGUCUGUGACCAUAAAACAUAGCCCCAACCGUAUUAUUAGCAUGUAUUAUAUCCUUUGAACUUGAAGGUUAAAAUAUCUAUUAUCUUACAUUUAUUAGGCGUCAUCAUUUGUAAGAUAAAACAUGUAAAAAAAAUUAUUUAUACUAAUUACCAUGUUAAACAUCGUCGGCUCUAAUCCAUCGGUCAGAGCCCAAUAGUCCAAUUUAAUCCAACAUCGGCCCAUUAAGCCCACUGUCUAGCAGCCCAACCUAGAAGCUCUCUAGUCCAGCAGCCUUCACACAAAGCCCACGACCCAGUUCGUUCUGCAGCCUAAACCUAUAGCCACACGAUCUCAGCUCAAAUCACGUGCGACUCGGCUCAGCUUGGACAACGCGCCACCCUCGGUCAACGAUCAACCAAUUGUGUGAGUGUGGUUGUGGCUAUGUGAGAUAAUUGGACAAAUUAUUACAUCAAACAAUUUGAUGAAAAGCUUACAUUGUUCGGUUCU